CCCUGGAUGCUGCCACGGCCUGAGGUUCCCUGGGCCUACAGAGCCGGUGCAGGGUGGGGGACACAAGGCGUGCUUUGUCGGGAGGGGGAGAGGGUGUGCCAGGUUGGGGGCGGGGCUGCCCAGGGAGGAGGGAGAGCGGCUGCUUUUCAAAGGCGCCUUGUUUGCCGGUGCCCUUCCAGCGCCAGCGGGCGGCGGCGUCUUGGUCACUUCAGCUUUCACCCUGGCUUCGCCACAGGCUCCUGGCAGACCCGGCACUGUGCCCACGCUUAGGGGUGCGCUGCUCUCAGCGAUACCCUCCUAGAACGGCCACGACCCUGAGUGACCCUCUUUUGCCAGACCUUUCCAUCAGCAUCGCCCCCCCCCACCCCGUACCCCUUUUCAUUCUGCUUCACCUAGUCCAGUAUUUUUAUCUUUGGGGGCAAUUAGCACGUCACCCAUCUCAGCUUUCUCCGUUCCGCAGGGCGACCCUACGCCCCCCACCUUUGGGUCGCUAUCUAUAGCUGGGUCUAUAAACACCCCGCCCAGGACUGCUCUGUAAUUACAUGUGGCAGGACGAGGGAGGUAAUUAUGGAGAGCUGAUUACGAGUGGGCGUGGAACGGUCGCCCGUAGGCCCGCCCCUUCUGUCCCACUGUGCCCUGAGUCCCUCCCCGGACUCUUCAUAGGGGCUCUGGGCCCCCAAGGGCAGCUGCCGUGGUGUGAAAGGACUAUAGGAUCAUAAAAGUGAAGGGGCUGAAGAAGAUAUAUUCUGUUCCCACAAAUGCCAUCUGAGGGGGCACGCGAGCUACCUAAUCCCUCCAGGAGUAGGGGUGUACCAUUCCAGGGCUAGCGAGUGAGGAAGGUUUCCAACCCUCACACUCUCCUGCCCAGGUGGAGAUCGGGGUGGGGUUUCCCCUUGGUGGCUGUGGGCGGGCGUCAGGAGGCGGGAGCUGGACCUAGGGGCGGGGGCGAGCUGGGGUCUCUGAGCUGCCAGGGUGGCCAGGGGCACACAGUAGCGGCCACCGAAGAGCAAGCAGCACUGACAAGAAGAGGUGCCCCCACAACGGCACCUUGCUGCAUGGAGCUGGGCCACUGAAAGCUGCUGACAUCCCGGGGUCCUGGUUCCGAGGCUCAGCUGGCUUCUGUCUGCUGUCAGCACCAGGACUGCCUGGGAUCUGGCAUUCUGAGCCAUGGAGCGGUGCAGCCGCUGCCACCGCCUCCUUCUGUUCCUACCUCUGGUGCUGGGUCUGAGCGCUGCCCCGGGAUGGGCAGGUGCUCCCUCUGUGGAUGUGCUUCGUGCCCUGAGGUUCCCCUCCCUUCCCGAUGGUGUUCGGAGAUCAAAAGGGGUCUGUCCGGGUGAUGUGGCUUACCGUGUGGCACGGCCUGCCCAGCUCAGCGCACCCACGCGCCAGCUCUUCCCAGGAGGCUUUCCCAAAGACUUCUCUCUGCUGACGGUUGUCCGGACCCGCCCUGGCCUCCAGGCUCCCCUCUUGACUCUAUACAGCGCCCAGGGAGUCCAGCAGCUGGGCUUGGAGCUCGGCCGCCCUGUCCGCUUUCUCUAUGAGGACCAGAGGGGACGGCCACAAGCCUCCGCUCAGCCCAUCUUCCGAGGCCUCAGCCUAGCAGAUGGCAAAUGGCACCACGUGGCUGUGGCUGUGAAGGGUCAGUCUGUCACUCUCAUUGUGGACUGUAAGAAGCGAGUUACCCGGCCCCUUCCCAGAAGUGUGCAUCCGGUGUUGGACACCCACGGGGUGGUGAUCUUUGGUGCCCACAUCCUCGACGAUGAAGUCUUUGAAGGCGAUGUUCAGGAGCUCCUCGUUGUCCCAGGCGUCCAAGCUGCCUAUCAGUCUUGUGGGCAGAAGGAUCUGGAAUGUGAGAGAGAACAGAGGGACGGCCCUCAGACUCAGAAGCCUCACAGAGCCCAGAGAUCUCCAAAGAAGGAACCAGCAAGACUUCAUAAGCCACAGAGCCAGGAGCCCCAGAAGCAGCCCACUGAGUCUCUCUACUAUGACUACGAACCCCCCUAUUACGAUGUGAUGACUACGGGGACAGCCCCUGAUUAUCAGCGUCCUCAGAGCUCCAACCACAGGGCUCCCCCUUCCCCUAGGGGGCGUCGGACCCCUCCCAGAAAGUCUAACCCUCCUGCCAAGAGGUCAGCAGCCAGGCAGGCGCCCCAAUCACCAGCCCGGAGGCCCUCUCCAGCUGGAGGCUCUGGCAAAGCCCUCGGCCAGCCUCCCCCCUCCCGACACCCAGCUCGACGGGCAGCUUCCCCCACUGCCAGGGCUUCCCCCAGGACCAGAGGCAGCGGUUAUCGGCAGUACCCCACCCCAGGUGAAGAGGAAGGAGUCCUGGAGUCCAGUCCCUUGCCAUUCCUUGAAGAGGAGCAGACAGAUCUUCAGGUCUCCCCAACAGCUGACAGUUUCCAGGCAGAGGAAUAUGGGGAGGGAGGCACAGACUCCCCAGCAGGGUUCUACGAUUACACCUAUGGCUAUGGGGAUGAUUAUCGUGAGGAGACCGAGCUUGGCCCUGCCCUCUCUGCGGAGACAGCUCACUCAGGAGCCGUUGCCCACGGACCCCGGGGGCUAAAGGGAGAGAAGGGAGAGCCUGCAGUGCUGGAGCCUGGUAUGUUUGUAGAGGGACCCCCAGGCCCAGAAGGCCCAGCGGGAUUAGCUGGACCCCCUGGCAUCCAGGGGAACCCAGGCCCGGUUGGAGACCCCGGUGAGAGGGGCCCCCCUGGCCGAGCAGGGCUCCCCGGAUCAGAUGGACCCCCUGGUCCUCCCGGCACAUCUCUGAUGCUUCCAUUCCGGUUUGGCAGUAGUGGGGGUGACAAGGGCCCCGUGGUGGCAGCCCAGGAGGCCCAGGCCCAGGCGAUUCUGCAGCAGGCACGGCUGGCACUCCGUGGGCCCCCUGGCCCCAUGGGUUACACGGGCCGCCCUGGACCAUUGGGUCAGCCUGGGAGCCCUGGCUUGAAGGGAGAAUCUGGAGAUCUGGGCCCACAGGGCCCCAGAGGACCUCAGGGCCUCACAGGUCCUCCUGGCAAGGCUGGACGAAGGGGCCGAGCAGGUGCUGAUGGAGCCCGUGGGAUGCCGGGAGAACCUGGCAUGAAGGGUGACCGAGGUUUCGACGGACUUCCAGGGCUACCUGGCGAGAAGGGACAAAGGGGUGAUACAGGUGCUCAGGGCCUUCCUGGGCCUCCUGGUGAGGACGGAGAGAGGGGUGAUGAUGGAGAGAUUGGGCCACGGGGGCUGCCUGGAGAGUCGGGACCUAGAGGACUCCUUGGCCCUAAAGGCCCGCCUGGUAUUCCUGGGCCGCCGGGAGUCCGAGGCAUGGACGGUCCCCACGGCCCCAAAGGGAGCUUGGGACCUCAAGGAGAGCCAGGACCUCCUGGACAACAGGGUACUCCUGGGGCCCAGGGCCUCCCCGGACCUCAGGGAGCCAUCGGUCCUCAUGGAGAGAAGGGUGCUCGUGGGAAACCAGGCCUCCCUGGCAUGCCUGGAUCAGAUGGACUCCCGGGUCACCCAGGGAAGGAAGGUCCCCCUGGAACCAAAGGGAACCAGGGCCCGUCCGGACCACAGGGUCCUCUAGGAUACCCAGGCCCUCGAGGCGUCAAGGGUGUGGAUGGAAUUCGGGGCCUGAAGGGCCACAAGGGUGAAAAGGGCGAGGACGGCUUUCCUGGGUUCAAAGGUGACAUAGGAGUGAAAGGAGACAGGGGCGAGGUUGGAGUCCCUGGUUCCAGGGGCGAAGACGGCCCUGAAGGGCCAAAAGGGCGCACUGGACCUACAGGAGACCCUGGACCCACUGGGCUCAUGGGCGAGAAGGGCAAGCUAGGUGUUCCUGGUCUGCCUGGCUAUCCUGGACGCCAGGGCCCCAAGGGAUCUCUGGGUUUCCCUGGUUUUCCUGGAGCCAGUGGAGAGAAGGGAGCUCGGGGCCUGUCUGGGAAAUCAGGACCUCGGGGAGAACGGGGCCCCACGGGUCCAAGGGGUCAGCGGGGACCUCGAGGUGCCACUGGGAAAUCUGGAGCUAAGGGAACAUCAGGUGGUGACGGUCCCCACGGGCCACCCGGAGAGAGGGGUCUUCCUGGACCUCAAGGCCCCAAUGGAUUUCCUGGCCCCAAAGGCCCUCCGGGCCCUGCAGGGAAGGAUGGGCUGCCGGGACACCCCGGCCAGAGAGGAGAAGUGGGAUUCCAAGGAAAGACCGGCCCACCAGGCCCGCCCGGAGUGGUGGGACCUCAGGGAACAGCUGGAGAAAGUGGUCCCAUGGGAGAGAGAGGUCACUCUGGCCCCCCAGGACCUCCUGGAGAGCAAGGAUUGCCUGGAACAUCUGGGAAAGAAGGGACCAAGGGUGACCCUGGUCCUCCUGGGGCCCCAGGGAAGGAUGGUCCUGCUGGUCUGAGAGGCUUCCCAGGAGAGCGAGGCCUUCCAGGCACUGCUGGUGGACCCGGCUUGAAAGGAAAUGAAGGUCCAGCUGGCCCUCCUGGCCCUGCAGGCUCUCCUGGCGAGCGAGGUGCAGCAGGAUCAGGGGGCCCCAUUGGUCCCCCGGGACGUCCAGGCCCACAAGGUCCCCCUGGAGCAGCAGGAGAGAAAGGCGUACCGGGCGAGAAAGGCCCUAUUGGUCCCACUGGUCGUGAUGGGGUGCAGGGCCCCGUGGGGCUUCCUGGUCCUGCAGGACCCCCAGGCGUGGCUGGAGAGGAUGGAGACAAGGGUGAAGUGGGAGACCCUGGACAGAAGGGAACCAAAGGAAACAAGGGUGAACAUGGCCCUCCUGGACCUCCUGGUCCCAUCGGGCCUGUGGGGCAACCUGGAGCUGCGGGAGCUGAUGGUGAGCCUGGAGCUCGGGGACCCCAGGGACACUUUGGAGCCAAAGGUGAUGAAGGAACAAGAGGGUUCAAUGGACCCCCGGGACCCAUCGGCCUACAGGGCCUGCCAGGACCCUCUGGGGAGAAAGGAGAAACAGGAGACGGGGGGCCUAUGGGACCCCCUGGCCCUCCAGGACCUCGAGGCCCCGCUGGACCCAAUGGUGCUGAUGGCCCACAAGGUUCCCCUGGAGGUGUUGGAAACUUGGGUCCCCCUGGAGAAAAGGGUGAACCGGGGGAGUCAGGGUCUCCAGGCGUCCAGGGCGAGCCGGGCGUCAAGGGACCACGUGGAGAGCGUGGUGAGAAAGGAGAGUCUGGGCAGGCGGGAGAGGCUGGACCACCGGGGCCCAAAGGCCCUACAGGCGACAAUGGCCCCAAGGGGAACCCUGGUCCUGUUGGCUUUCCUGGGGACCCUGGCCCCCCUGGAGAAGCUGGCCCACGGGGCCAGGAUGGUGCUAAGGGAGACCGAGGCGAGGAUGGCGAGCCAGGACAACCUGGAUCCCCUGGUCCCACCGGGGAGAAUGGGCCCCCUGGACCCCUUGGAAAGCGGGGACCUGCUGGCACUCCUGGUCCAGAAGGACGGCAAGGAGAGAAGGGAGCUAAGGGGGACCCUGGUGCUGUGGGGGCCCCGGGAAAGACAGGCCCUGUGGGUCCUGCAGGCCUAGCAGGAAAGCCCGGCCCCGAUGGUCUUCGGGGGCUCCCGGGUUCAGUGGGUCAGCAAGGCCGCCCUGGAGCCACAGGCCAGGCUGGGCCCCCAGGUCCUGUGGGACCCCCAGGGCUUCCUGGCCUCCGGGGUGAUGCUGGAGCCAAGGGGGAAAAGGGUCACCCAGGUCUCAUCGGACUGAUUGGGCCGACUGGAGAGCAAGGCGAGAAGGGCGACCGUGGCCUCCCUGGACCUCAGGGCUCACCCGGACAGAAGGGAGAGACGGGUAUCCCAGGAGCAUCUGGCCCCAUCGGUCCUGGAGGGCCUCCUGGCCUGCCUGGACCCUCUGGCCCCAAAGGAGCCAAAGGAGCCACAGGCCCAGCUGGACCCAAGGGAGAGAAGGGUGUCCAGGGCCCUCCAGGACACCCGGGCCCCCCGGGAGAGGUGAUCCAGCCACUGCCCAUCCAGAUGCCCAAGAAGACCCGCCGUUCCGUGGACGGAAGCAAACUGAUACAGGAUGAGGAGGCUGUGCCCACUGGCGGUGCUCCGGGCAGUCCUGCGGGGCUGGAGGAGAUCUUUGGCUCACUGGACUCUCUGCGGGAGGAGAUCGAGCAGAUGAGGAGGCCGGCGGGGACCCAGGACAGCCCUGCUCGCACCUGCCAGGACUUGAAGCUGUGCCACCCGGAGCUUCCUGAUGGAGAGUACUGGGUUGACCCUAACCAGGGCUGUGCUCGGGAUGCCUUCCGGGUGUUCUGCAACUUCACAGCAGGAGGGGAGACGUGUGUCACACCCAGGGAUGACGUCACACAGUUCUCCUACGUGGACUCCGAGGGCUCCCCAGUGGGCGUGGUCCAGCUCACCUUCCUGCGGCUGCUCAGCGUCUCUGCCCACCAGGAUGUCUCCUACCCUUGCUCUGGAGUAUCCCAGGAUGGUCCCCUGAAACUCCGAGGGGCCAACGAGGAUGAGCUGAGCCCUGAGACCAGCCCUUAUGUCAAGGAGUUCAGAGAUGGCUGUCAGACCCAGCAAGGCCGGACGGUGUUGGAGGUGCGCACGCCUGUACUGGAGCAGCUGCCCGUGCUGGAUGCCUCCUUCGCAGACCUGGGGGCCCCCACAAGACGGGGAGGGGUGCUUCUGGGGCCUGUCUGCUUCAUGGGCUAGGCCUGUCUCUGACGCUGUCAACCAAAACCAGGUCUAGCUGGAGUCACACAGCACGGACUCCAUGUCACCUCUCGUGAGGAUCUCUCAUCGUCUAGAGGGCCUUGGGCCAGGCAGGCAUCUCAAGCCUCAAGUCAGGCAGCACACGGGGCUGGGGUGAACCAGGGGGUGCCGGGAUAGCCCAGGGGGAGGGUGGUACCUGGGCCUCCAGCUCUCCCACUUAUGACCCAUUAGAGAGCUGAGACCUUUAUUUAAAACACUUCCCUGUCACCCCAAAUAAGUGGAAGAGAAAGGACACUGUGUAUUUUGUAUUUAAAAAAAUAAUUAUAUUAAUUAUUUAAAGAGUGGAAGAACAAAGUAACAAAGAAGAUAAAGAGAGAAAUGCCAAAAAUCCCAGCAGAUAUUGGGGGCAGGUGCUGCAAGGGUGGGCGGGCAGUCCAUCCUCCAUUCAGGGUUUCCCUAGUGCCUGUGGGUGUGGCUUCCUAAAAUGAACCCCUCCUUCCUCUCCUUCCACCUGGGGCACUAAGAAUGCUGGAACAUGGUCUCCCCUGCUUCAGGACUCCAGCCCUCUUUCCCCAGAGUCUAAGCUCUGUGACACAUGUGUCCCUGGGAGGAAUGACCUGUUACUUAAGACCAGGCCGCUCCUUGAAGGGAGACCAGACCAGAGGGCUGUGCAGGACCUGCCUCUGGCGGGUUAUGGAGAUACUGAAGUUCUGCCAGUGGCUCUGAGCCACUGUCCUGGCCACACCUCCUCACCUUCCCUGAUUCUGGAAAGAAAGCUAAGGUCUAGCCUAUGGCCAGAAGGGACUCCCAGGACCCCUCUAGCCCUAUGCCCAACGUCCCUGCUGACUGACGGUUAAACAAUGUGAUUGUCUCCUC